CAUCUCCUCCUCCACCUCCACCUGUUAUCCCACCAUCCUCUCCAACCCCUCCAUUGCUGAGUCUCAUAGAUCAGCUGGUUUGGAGCGUCUCGGUAUGGCAGCCCAAAGGACUCAGCCAAGACCAAAGCACUAGUGUCAUGGAGAAAGAGACAGCUGGGGCAUUCCUGGUGAACAGCACAGAGGACAAGGCCAUGACACUGUCGGUGCGGCUGCCUGAUGAACAGGAGGCGCCAAUCGUACAAAACCUGACGGUCAAACAACACAAGACAUUUCUCCACUUAGAUGGUUCCUCUCUGGUUUUUGAUGACAUCUUCAAAUUGAUCUCCUUCUACUGUGCCAGCAGGGACAUUCUGGCCAUUCCACUGAGAUUACCCCGGGCUAUUACCACAGCAACGAAGAGAGAGGAGCUGGAGGUCAUCUCCGCAAUGGGUGCAGAUUUCUGGACGUCUGAUCUGAAUCAGCAGGCACAGAACCAGGACUUGGUUUUGGAUCACAACCACAGCAAACUGUACGUGUACGUCAACCCAGUCACUGUAGAGGAGAGCCCCAAAAAAGACCUGAACCACUCCUCUACCUCAAAACUUGAUAGCAUCGCCAAUCAAAACAUCACCCCCUCCCUGCAGAAUGGAGAAGCCGCACAGAAGAUCAGCACAGCCAAGGUCAAAGGUCAGACUAAGACCACGCCCAGCCACGAGAUUAAAUACAAGCGCCCCCCACCCCGACCCCCCAGCCUGGGCUCAGGGUCAGGGAUGGGCCUCCUCUUCUCCUCUCCCCCCUCGCCUCACACUUCAUCUUCUGUGACACCAGCAGCUGAGAGAAAAAAGGAAGGAAAGGGAGGAGCAGCAGAGAGAGAAGAGAGGAAGUCGACGUCAACAUCACUUACUCCAUCGAGGCCUCCUGUCCCGCUGCAGAGCCGAGCUGCUCCCCCGCUGCCUCCUGCUCCUCUCCGUCGCACCUCAUCCAGGAAAAGCUCCGAGCGAGAGGUAGGAGAGGGGACGGAGAGAGAGAAGGGAGAAAAACCUGCAAAGAAAAUGGAGAGAGAGGGGGGAGGAGAGAGAGGAGAUGCCAAAACGGGAAGUAAAUCAGGUCAGCUGGAUGACGGGGUUGAGCAAGAGAACAGUAGCCAGCAUCAAGAGGAGGAGGUCAAAAAGGAUGGGGAAAAGAGAGAGAAAGAGGAUGAGAAGGAUGAAAGAGACGUGAAAAUGGAUGAAGAGGAGGACAAACAGAAAUCCAGCUCCCCGUGUCCUCCGUCAGUGAAAAAGCCGUCCCGUCCGGUCCCUCCGCCGAGGAGGAAACCAUGUGCCCCAAAAGCACCUGUGUGCCCCAACCAGGCGGGAGGAGGAUCAGCCAAUCAGACGGCUGGGAUGAGAGGACCCCCUCCCUCCCCGGCGCGGCGGCCAGAUGUGUCGCUGUACUCGCCGCAGGGCGGCGCUGUGCUGGGAACUGAUCCCGACUCCUGCUCUGCCAGCAGCACAGAGGAAGAAGGAGAGCUGAAACAGGAGCAGGAGCAAAACCACAAUCGCCAUGCAGAGAGUCCCAACCCAGUAAAGAGAACCUCCACCACUGUUAUGUUGGACCGAGCACGCUACCGCCUGUCCAACGUCAUCACGGGCCUCAUCAGCCACGACCGCCGCCUCACACAGCGCAUCGUAGAGCUGGCCAGGGACCCCCUGAGCUACUUUGGGAACCUGGUCAAAGAGCACCGUGCAUUCACCCUGGAGACCAUGUCGAACCACUCCUCCUCCACCGAGCUGUUGCAGGAGAUCAGACAGAUGAUGACUCAGCUGAAGAGUUACCUACUGCAGAGUACCGAGCUGCAAGCUAUGCUGGAGCUGCAACAUCAGUAUGCACAAGACAAACUGGAGAGCAUGGUAGAAGCUGCUCUGUGUAAGAGUGUACUGAAGCCACUGAGGGAGCCAAUUUACCAGUGUCUGGAGAAACUGCACACUGACGACGGCAGCCUGAAACAACUGGCACAGAACCAGUCUGCCGUCCUAGGCAGCACCACCACAGCAUUAGGAGUAACCACUGCCAUCCCCGAGGCCUCUACUAUGGAGAAGAUCAGCAUCAAACUGAGCAGCCUCCAUAUGGAAUAUUCUCCCCAGAAAAAGAUUGAGCUUAUGCUGAAGGCCUGCAAGAUGAUCUAUGACUCCAUGUCUGCCAGCAGCCCAGGGCGGGUCCAUGGCGCUGAUGACUUCCUGCCUGUAAUGAUGUAUGUCCUGGCUAGAUGCAAUCUGUCCACCCUGAAGCUGGAUGUUGAAUAUAUGAUGGAGUUGAUGGACCCAUCAUUAGCACUAGGAGAAGGUUCCUAUUAUCUGACCACCACCUACGGGGCUCUGGAGCACAUCAAGACUUUUGACCAGCAGAGGACAGCAACACGGCAGCUCAGCAUAGAGGUUCAGGACUCCAUCCACCGCUGGGAGAGACGACGCACACUCAACCAGGAACGCAUGGCCCAAGGAUCUAUUCGGGACUUUCUGACAGUGUGUUGUCCAGAGAUUGGAACCAACCCAAAAACUCUGGGUGUCCUCCCCACCACGACAAUGGAACAGCUAGCUGAGCAGUGUGCUGCACGCUUUGAACAAGACGGCUACGUGCUCAAUGUGUACAUGGAUGGCGUUCACCAGCCCGUGGCUCCUACAGAGCUGGCCCUCAGUGUGAAGAACAGUUCCCAACCUGGAGCCUACUGCUUUGUCUAUCACCCUAUCGACCAACCCAUCAACCAGCCUGGCCGCAGCUGCCCUACUGACCCGCCUCCGGGUCCACCCGCAGAAAGCUUCUCCCCAUCUGACUUUGCAGCUGUCGACACUGUGGAGCCAGAGGCGGAAGAGGAGAGUCUGAUUAGCUUGUAACUGCUCCAGCUGGUGACUGCAUUUCCAAACAACAAUGUAGGAAAGGGUUUUAAUCUCAGGUCUCGCUUGAAAGGUUGAUCUAAUUGAAACUUAAUUGAAAAAUAGAACUGAUGUGGAGUAGCGCAUGCAGGAUUACAAAAUAUCGUAUGUGAUGAAAAGGUGUAGUUUGUGGCUCCUUUCUUUUGAAUCCAUUUUACCUGCAUCACCAAAGCGAGCAGUGGCCAACUAAUGACAAAAAAUGACACAACAAAGAUGAUAAAUGACUGAUUUUGUAUCUCCACAUGGGGUCUGGAACCCCAGCGAGGAUAUGGUUUUAUAGAAUGUAAAAACUAUAUGUUAUUCUAACAUGCACAUAUAUGAUCAUGUUUAUACUGUUUGUACUUUUUGAUACUUGAUGCUACUCUCUCUGAUGCUCACAACUGUCUACCGGGGUAGACUGUAAGUUACUGAUUAUUGGUUCAUGAUUAUAUUAACAGGAUGAAUCUGUAAUUUCUUAAAAAAAAAAAAGUCCACAGCAUUCAGAUCAAUUUUACUUUGUGAAAAAUAGCUGCAAAAGCACUUGUUUAAAGGGGGUAAAAAGGACUUUGUGGCAAUUUCUUUACUUAAUACACAGCUAUGAAGAAGAAGACACACUAUAUUGAACCCCGAGGGGAAAUGAAAAGAAAAUCACUCAUUAAGUUAAUUUUACACAUUACACAGGCCCAGAUUACACACCAAAAAUACACAUGCACAAGCAGGGCCCAUACACAUGCACUAGGGGUACCUCGGCAGUGGCCAUGGGGGGGGGGACACCUCUCCAGCUACCAGUCCACACUCUGUACUUGGUCCCUUACAGGGACUUGAACCGACAACCCUUCAAUUCCCCAAGCCAAGUCCCCAAGUAGACAGAGCUACUGCCACCCCAGUAGUAUAUGACACAUAGUAGCAGCUAUAUGGACAAUAUAUUUCAUUUUCUUUUUUUUUUAAAGAUUAUUUUUUGGGCAUUUUUAGGCCUUUAUUGACAGGACAGCUGAAGAAAUGAAAGGGGAGAGAAAGGGGGGAAUGACAUGCAGCAAAGGGCCACAGGUCGGAGUCGAACCCGGUCCAGCUGCGCAGAAGAGUAAACCCCCAUACAUGGGCGCCCGCUCCACCAACUGAGCUAUCCGGGCGCCCAAUAUAUUUCAUUUUCAAUACAACAUUCCCAGUAAGCAUCAAGCAGUUUCUUUCCCCAUUUUUCUAUAUACUCAUACUGAUUGUAAUGUAAAUAAACUGGCAUGUAAGAUUUGAACUUCUUUCUCAAGGUGUAUUUCACUCUUUCACAAAAAAAUUAAAAUAUACAACCAAGUGUAAUUCCAUGAAUGCUUCCAGGGAGAGAUUAUGAAAGUGUGCCCCCUUAACCCUAUUUGUACUGUUCAUUGUUUUGAGGCUAUAAAUGUACACAGACUUCCUGGAGAGAGAUGUGGAAUAAAGCCAGAAAGGGACAACGGUGGCAAACUUUUCACUCCAGCUUCAGAACAGGUAGCCUUCAAACAGUUUUGCCCUUUGACGUUAGAUGUCAGAUGACACGUCAUACAAACUAACCACGGUUUACUCAAAAGCUUCUCCCUGUUUGAAAUGAACAGAAUUAUUGAUCCAUGCUGAUGUCAGGGGUUUUAACAAGCUUUAACAAAAGUUGUGGGAGCCAAUGAAGACUUGGGAAGUGUGUGUGUGUGUGUGUGUAGUAGGUUUGUGUGAAUGUUGUUGGUCACUACGUCACCUGCGCACCUGUGUGUAUGUGUGCUAAUUACCGCAAUCACAGCGGUUAGAAAGAGGGAAUCACAGGUGAGCAGCGAGAGCGAAUUAGGAUCUGGAAAGCCACACAGUUGUUCAACCGUAGCUGUGUGCGUGUGAUUGUCUGCGUGUUUUUGGGCUAGUUGGAUUGUUUUUAACUUUUUCAGUGGGCAAAGUCAGUUUUUGUAUAUGUUUUUAAACUAUAUUGCUGAAUAAAGUGUUGAACUCAGA